CGAGAAAUAUCUAUGACCUCUGACCCAGGGUAGGGUUGUUGAAUUCACUGUGUCAUUCAUGUGUUAUUUUGUGCUUUAAAAUCCUCCAUUAUCGCACAAUUUAAAAACCAUCAACAAAAUCUUUCUCCUGGAACUGGAAGAAUAAAUAUACAGUAACAGAAUGCCUGAUUUCAAAAUGGUAAGAUCGCAAGGAGGUGGCAAAUCUCAGAGUGCUUACAAAGACAAGGAAAAGCCAGCUCUGAUCCGCGAAACAAACAUCUCUGCGGCCAAGGCUGUUGCUGAUGCUGUCAGAACUAGUCUUGGUCCUCGCGGUAUGGACAAAAUGAUUCAGAGUGCUAAUGGGGAUGUGACCAUUACCAAUGAUGGAGCGACCAUUCUUAAACAGAUCCAGGUCUUACAUCCUGCAGCAAAAAUGCUUGUGGAGCUGUCCAAGGCCCAAGACAUUGAAGCUGGAGAUGGUACUACAUCAGUUGUUGUUAUUGCAGGCAGUCUUCUUGCAGCAGCUUCAAAUCUUCUCAAAAAGGGCAUUCAUCCUACGACCAUCUCUGAAUCUUUCCAUCGUGCGGCAGAGAAGGCUGUAGAGAUCCUAACUGAAAUGGCAGUGCCGAUUGAUCUGAGCGAUCGAGAGACACUCAUCAAGAGCGCUAGUACCUCUCUCAAUUCUAAGGUUGUUUCACAGUACUCAAGUCUCUUAGCCCCUCUCUCCGUGGACGCAGUGUUAAGAAUCAUCGAUCCCAAGAGUCCCAACUCCGUUGAUCUUAGGGAUGUCAAGAUCAUCAAGAAACUGGGUGGUACCAUUGAAGAUACUGAGCUGAUUGACGGCAUGGUGUUCGCCCAGAGGUCAGCAGGAAGCGGUGGACCCACUAAGGUGGAGAAGGCUCGCAUUGGACUCAUCCAGUUCUGCCUCUCACCACCAAAAACAGACAUGGACAACCAAGUGGUAGUGUCUGACUACACCCAGAUGGAUCGUGUGUUGCGUGAGGAGAGAGCGUACAUUCUGAACCUUGUCAAACAGAUCAAGAAGGCUGGCUGUAAUGUCUUACUCAUCCAAAAAUCUAUUCUUAGGGAUGCUCUGAAUGAUCUAGCGCUGCACUUCCUGACCAAGAUGAAGAUCAUGGUGGUCAAGGAUAUUGAGAGAGAAGACAUUGAGUUCAUCUGCAAGUCCAUCAACUGCAAGCCCAUUGCCAGCAUAGACCACUUCACGGCGGAGAUGUUGGCCUCAGCUGAACUAGUUGAAGAGGUUGCUACAGGAACUAGUAAAGUAGUCAAGGUCACAGGAGCAGCCAACCCAGGAAGAACGCUGACAGUCUUGAUCCGUGGCUCCAACAAGCUCGUCCUAGAAGAGGCGGAUCGCUCCAUCCAUGAUGCUCUCUGUGUCAUCCGCUGUCUCGUCAAGAACAAGGCCCUCAUCGCCGGUGGAGGAGCCCCUGAGAUUGAGGUAUCCCAUCGCAUGAUGGAGUACGCUCACAGCUUGACCGGGAUGGAAGGCUACUGCUUCAGCGCCUUCGCUGAAGCUCUGGAGGUCAUACCAUCCACCCUGGCUGAGAAUGCUGGUCUGAAUCCAAUCUCUGUGGUGACUGAGUUGAGAAACAGACACGCACACGGGGAGAAGACGGCAGGGAUCAAUGUUCGCAAGGGUGCAAUUACAAAUAUUCUGGAGGAGAAUGUUGUCCAACCUUUAUUAGUAUCAACCAGUGCUAUCAAGCUAGCAGCAGAAUGCGUCACAAGUAUCAUGAAAAUCGAUGACAUUGUCAUCACAGGAUAGAUUAAAAAAAGACUACUCUUCGUCGUUUACAACAAAAAAUAAACGUUAUGUGAUGUGGAUGCCCUGCUGUGCCAGACGUUUCUACCAGACUUUUAUGGACUCGUCCUGACUUCAACACAAAUGCAUGCAAAGCAAAACUGUACCUUGUAGUCUUGUGAGUCAAUUGUGCAAAUCUUCAACGUUCUUCUUUGGUCCAUCUUAUAACGAUUGACAUGUGAAGUUUAAAACCCAAGCUAUCCCCAAUUCAGAGUUUGAUUUGGAAGAAUUAAGCACCGCACAGCUAAACCAACCAUGCUUAGCAUGAGGUGAGGCAACACCAAGCUUGAUCAUUUUGCGAGUCCGCUAGUCUUGGUGGUUAGUUUACAUAUAUCUGAAGCCAUUUAUUCACUUCAUGUAAAGCAUGAACCAUGCAAUAAGACAGGAUGCUGAAAUCUGCCCUUCGUCAACAAUUCUUGUUCUUGCUAAUAGUUGUGUACACAUUUGUUUUGAACUUACCUUUUGAAAGCAGGCUUGAUAUUCUUUCUGCAUCAUUCAGAUUUCUGAAUUUGUUUGCCCUCAGGAAAAUCAGAAAGUGUUUUCAAAAAAACCGAGGUUGACCCAGGGAAGCUAAACGAACGCACCCUGUAUUGAUAAAUUACUGAAUGACUCAUGCCGAAAUAAAA